AUGCGAACCCCUUCCGGCCUGGACAUUCUGGAGGAAUUUCCCAUGUACACACUGCUCCUCUCCGCCUUCCUCGAGCUCGUCGAGCUUUCGGCGCACGAGGACAUGAUAGAUGCGAAGCGUCUCACCAUCUUUGACGAGAGCAUGGGGAAGGCGAUGUUUAUUUCACACCAGUGGCUGGCGAAUCAACACCCUGAUCCACAAAACAAGCAGCUCCAGGUUUUGCAAGAGGGUCUGCGGAAUCUUUUGGCUGGCGUGGCCCAAGUGAGCCAACCUGUUCAGUCAGAGUUGUUUCACGGUCGCAUGCCGUGUCCAACGGCGUCAGAGUUCAAGUCCACACCCCUCUACGUUUGGUACGAUUUCUUGUGCUGCCCACAAGAUGCAUCCGAAUGUGCAAGUCGAAAUCGACAGCAUGCAAUUGGCAGCAUACCUUCAUAUGUUGCGAAGUGCAAGUACUUCGUAGUUCUCUGCCCUGCGCUGACCCAUGCUGAGCAGAGAGUGACUCUCUCAUAUGAGACGUGGACAGGCAGAGGCUGGUGCCGAGCCGAGAAGAUGGCCGUGGACCUCGCGGCCAGGAAUGACAGCUGCACCAUCAUCAUCGAGAGCCCGACGCAUGCGAAGUUGCACUUUCACCUCCUCCGAUCGCCUCCGGCGAUGGGAACCUUUACCGUCGAGUCCGACAGGACGAGGAUUGGACAGAUGCUCGUGCACAUGGUGUGGAACAAGCUCUUGUACUAUCGGGAGGCAGGCGACAUGCACAGCUACAGGCUUCUCUUGAACGAGCAGAAGUCACGCUGGUUCCAGGGUCUCAGCAUGGACCCGAUUGACGGCUUGGUCGAAGGUUUCGUGACAGAUGUCGAUCCCUUCGAUCGGCCACGGGAAUUUGAGCUUGCGCGGUUCCUGCACCAGAACGGCUUCCAAAGUCCGCUGGAGAGGGACGCGGCCGGCUGGUCCCCGAUUUGCUUUGCUGUCGUGAAGGGCAGCGUGGAUUUGGUGCAGUCUUUGCUUGCUCACCGAGCUGAUCCCAAUGAUGCCAUCACCAAGCCCAAGAAGGAGCUGGCGAUGCCCAAGCGAUUCUCCCUGCUUUCUCUGGCAGUGGUGUACCACAACCAGGGUGUCCUAGAAACUCUGAUAUCAGCAAGGGCUGAUGUUCAUGCGAGAGACGCACGACAGGCCACUGCCAUCAUGUGGGCGGCAGUGGCCAACGAUGCAAUUGGCAUCCGGUGCUUGUGCCAGGCGCGGGCGGAUCCCUCUGACUCUUGCCAUCCUGGCAUCAGCACACUUCAGGCGGCCUGCUCAUUUGCAUCCCUGGAUGCGAUGGCAGAGCUAAGAUCGCAGGCUCCUUCCUUAAGCCUGAAGUUUUGCCUGCACUACGCUCUCAUGUUUCAGGGUGGCUUCUACGAGCCGAUCAGUUUUUUAAUACAAGCGAGGGCAGACGUGAAUGAACAGUUCGAAGCCGAGGGGAAGAUGUGGUGGUUGGUAAUGAAACUCGGAAGCCUCCGGCACAAGUUCAGCCCCUCGCGCUUGACCCUUUUGUCCUAUCACCACGCUGGCGCAACACCACUGAUGUUUAGCAUCCUCAGUGGCUCCUUUGGCGUGGUUCCUCUCUUGCUCGCUGCAGGGGCGAGGCUGGAUGUUCGAAACUCCCGGAAGCAGACGUCUAUGGAUCUCGCCAAAAUCGUCCGAGCGCCCAGUGCCUUGCUCCAGAUGCAGCAGGCUCAGAGUUCCCUCGAGGAUGAUGAUACCUUCUUCAUCUAG